CUGAGAAAACGGCGAAUUUACGCCUCACUUUCUCUUCAGGAAGGCGGGCGGAGCCGAAAACCAAACAAAAGUCUUCUGAGGGACAGGGGGCGGGACAGACCGGAGUGGACAGAGCCUCCAGCCCCGAGACUCUCGCGUAAUUGGUUUUUCGGUUGUUGGUCACUGUGGCAGGGCGGUCUGCGGUCGGGUGAGACGUGGGGAGCAAUGGCGACCUUUGUGAGCGAGCUGGAGGCGGCCAAGAAGAACCUGAGCGAGGCCCUGGGGGACAACGUGAAACAAUACUGGGCUAACUUAAAGUUGUGGUUCAAGCAGAAGAUCAGCAAAGAAGAGUUUGACCUUGAAGCUCAUAGACUUCUCACACAGGAUAAUGUCCAUUCUCACAACGAUUUCCUCCUGGCUAUUCUGACGCGUUGUCAGAUUUUGGUGUCUACACCAGAGGGUGCUGGAUCUUUGCCCUGGACAGGGGGUUCUGCAGCUAAACCUGGAAAACCAAAGGGGAAGAAAAAGCUUUCUUCUGUUCGUCAGAAAUUUGAUCAUAGAUUCCAGCCUCAAAAUCCCCUCUCGGGAGCCCAGCAGUUUGUGGCAAAGGAUCCCCAAGAUGACGAUGACUUGAAACUUUGUUCCCACACAAUGAUGCUUCCCACUCGGGGUCAGCUUGAAGGGAGGAUGAUAGUGACCGCUUACGAGCACGGGUUGGACAACGUCACGGAGGAGGCGGUCUCAGCUGUUGUCUAUGCGGUGGAGAAUCACCUGAAAGAUAUACUGACAUCUGUUGUGUCCAGAAGGAAAGCUUAUCGGUUACGUGAUGGUCAUUUUAAAUAUGCCUUUGGGAGUAACGUGACCCCACAGCCUUACCUGAAGAACAGUGUCGUGGCGUACAACAACUUAAUAGAGAGUCCUCCAGCCUUUUCUGCUCCUUGUGCCGGUCAGAAUCCCGCUUCCUACCCGCCCCCCGAUGACGCGGAGCAGCAGGCUGCCCUCCUCCUGGCGUGCUCCGGGGACACUCUGCCCGCCUCUUUGCCUCCAGUCAACAUGUACGACCUUUUCGAAGCUCUGCAGGUGCACAGGGAAGUCAUUCCUACACAUACCGUAUACGCUCUCAACAUAGAGAGGAUCAUCAUGAAGCUCUGGCACCCCAAUCACGAAGAACUGCGGCAGGACAAAGUCCACCGCCAGCGCCUGGCGGCCAAGGAAGGCCUGUCACUCUGCUGAGUUAGGGUGAUCUGAGGGGACGGGACCCUCAGCGAAUUCAUUGAUUGUUGAGAAUUGGAUGUUUUUUGGGUCCACAUUUCAAGGCUGAAGUGUACAGUGUAAAUAUAAAUUUUCCUAUGGAAAUGUGACACUGAGUACAUUUUGUGUUGCUACUGUGAAGCCAUUAAUAUAAAUCUGACUUUGCUCAUGACCCAUGUCUCUAUAUGUGUGUGUGUUCUCAGUUAUGGGAGGAAGCACUGAAAAAAUUCUGUGCCUGGAUUGGAAACGUUUUUGGGCAUCUGAGGCUUAGUAUCCUGUGGUCUGCACGUGAGGUAGAUGACAUCCUAGAACAAAGAAGCUGUUAUAACUUAGUCCCCAUGAUCAGCAGGGACAUCUGUGUUUUCCGUGGCCACAUAUAUUCUGUAUCUGGCAAGCCUGACAUCUCUGCCUUUCUUCUAAAAAACUGUGCUCUUGCAUUUUGGUUGAAAUAAUCCACACAGUGUUAAAAAUCGUAUACCUCCUUUAGUGACCAGUUUAGAUAUAGGUGUCUCCCUCAAAGUUCAUUACAACUCCAUAGAAAAUAGGACCUAGAAAUGCUGUGCUGUUAGACAAAGUCCUUUUUUUGCAUUAAAAACCAAAACAACAACAACAACAACAAAAAAACCUCUGGAAUAUAAUUAAUCUUACAAAGUUUUUUCUCAUAACUUGUUUCUUUUAUAGUUGAUAUGCCCAAGGACUUUGGUCGGCAAGUCCAUCUACUGACUAUUCCUAUAGAAUAUGUUUUAAAAAGCCCACAUACACAUACUAGAUUUAUACUUAGAAAUUCCCCAGUUCCUCUGCAGUAUGUUUCUAUCCUUUAUCAAAUGAUAAAGUGAAAAUAAUUUACAUUUGGCAGUGUUACUAAUAAUAAAGUUUGUUUUUUUUAGAAGUGAUGCUUUUUACUCAGAAGAUAGUAUUGGGCUAUGCUAGAAUGUUUGGAUGGGUUGUGUAGGGCUAUGUGAUCUAUGUAUAGACGGACUUGUUCACAUGGUUCAGUAUUUGGAUCUGUGUAUUUGACUUUGUACUUUAAAUGUGAAAAAUAAACCUUUCAGGAGAAAA